AUGAAGAUUGAAGGCCGGACAUUCGUUGUCUCGGGCGGUGCCUCUGGGCUCGGCAAGGCCACAGUAGAGAUCAUCGCCAAGAACGGCGGCAAUGUCGCGAUCCUGGACAUGAACGACGACGCCGGUGCCGAGCUGGUCGCCGCUCUGCCCGACGGGUCCGCAAAGUUCUUCAACUGCGAUGUCCUCGAGACUGACAGCAUCGCCUCCGCGGUCAAGGGCUCCGUCGAGUGGGCCGAGAAAUCCGGAAAGCCUCUCGGCGGUGUGAUCCCCGCAGCCGGCGUGGGCAACCCGGGAACUAUCCUCGACCGUCAUGGUGAGGCCGUCUCUAUGGACAGUGUUGACUUUGUCAUCAAUGUCAACCUUCGAGGCACAAUUGACCUCGUGCGCCAGUGCCUGGUGCACAUUGCUAAGACUGAGCCUCAAGGCGAGGAUGGCGAGCGGGGCGUCGUCAUCAUGGUCGCCUCAUCAGCGGCUACCGAGGGACAGAGAGGACAGCUUGCGUACGCCGCCAGCAAGGGCGCCGUUGCUGCCAUGACACUCCCCAUGGCUCGCGACCUGUCAGUAUAUGGCAUUCGUGUCGUGACAAUCGCACCCAGCCUGUUCGACUCUCGCAUGACAUCCUUCAUGUCACCAAAGGUUCGCGCCAGUCUAGAGCGGUCUAUGGAGUUCCCAAAGCGCCCCGGCAAGCCCGAGGAGUUUGCCCAAUUAGUGCAGCAAAGCAUUGAGAACAUCAUGCUCAACGGCACUGUACUGAAGCUUGACGGAGGCAUGCGUAUGCCGAGCAAGUUGUAA